AAAGCUGCGGGUUUGGAUAGUUUGGCUUACCGGCGUCGGCGAGGUAGCCGACGAGUGGCACAAACGGCUGCAUUGAUCUGAUUGCGAGGAUAGCCGAGCCUCCGCAAAUGGCCGCGAACGACGUCCCGGAAGGCACGAAGAUUGAAUCCGUUAGGGAGUUAUCCGGCUUAAAUAACAUCUUAUUACGGGAAGAAGCUCGGCGAGACAUACGAACUGACAAAGCAGGUUGCCGCUGGUAUCAGAGAACGGCUGACAAAGGAACGCCGACUUUCAUUGGACGGGCAGUAUGCUACUUUCCACAACGAUGGAAGAGAUACGCGAAAAUAACCGUACUGAACAUGUGUAACGACCGAAACCGGCGGCCGGCAGUAAGUGGGUGUAAAUAAUGCAGUCAGCCGUCCGGCCGUCCGCAACGUGACGCGUUUGUCACUGAGGGGAACCUUGCCUUUUUCAGCGUGUCUGUAUUCCACGUCGACGCCACAUCCACGCUUUACAUUUAUUUUGUAUGACUUUCUCUUUUUUUAUUAUAAAUAAAAGAGCUACAUACGUAUGGUGUAUUCCCUUACAGAAGUCCCCAGCCACUUUCCAUCUAUGGAUUCCUUGACCACUCUAAACUUUUUGUUGC